AGAUAACGCUCUACUGUUUGAAAUGAAAGCUCACUCACGACCAAGCUCCUCAAGCAACACUUCUGAGGUGGACUAGUACAUGAUUUUACUAUUUUUAUUUUUUAGAUCUCUUGCAUUUCCUUGUUGUCGUCUUCCUUCAACUCUUCUUUCUUGAAAUCCAUGAUUACCGGGAGAUGCUUGACUUGUCACUUGAAAUUGCUAGCAGUGCAUCAAACAGCUCGUUGUGCAAUUAUUCAAACAAGUAUAAUUUAGAUCAACUGUAUUGAUUUAUAAUAUAAGUAGAUAAGUUGUUUUCGCAAUUGUACGUUUCAGGGAGAACAAGAAACAGUUUAACAAUCUACCUCUACAAACAGUACUACAUACGUCGAGCAAGACGAUUAUUUUUAUUCUUAUUUUUUGAAGGGACGAAAAUCUCAUGCCCUCCGUUGACGUUGGGAAGACUACUAGUGCUCAGAUUCAGGAGGACCUUGGUGGACGAGGAAGUAGACGCGGCGCGCGUGGUGGAGAGAUGCCAGAAAGCAACGCAGCACCGACGAGUAUAAGAUAUCUUCCUAGCCCUAGUACUCCUACUUCUAAGUAAAACUAAAAGUCGUUCCCUCAUAUCGCUCCCUCAGUCGCAGCGGCGGGGAGGUCGGUACCCUGCGGAGGCAACCUGAUACUAGACAGACUGACUGCUAAGGAUAUUAAGCCGUGGAACUGGAAGCUUUCUCAUUCUUGCUGCUUUCUUAAAAUAACUCAUCGAAUACGAUCGUCGUCAUCUCACCACCAACAACUACACUUUUAGGAACGCUCAUGCAUGGUCUCAGCCUUGACGUUAGUGCGGAACAUCAAGGUCAACAUUCUACUGACAAGGACAAGAUCGACAAGAUGACAGCACAAAAAGACGAGGUAAUGACUGAUAGGUGGACGACAAAGCCCCCUAAAAAUGUAGGAGAAGAUCGCAAUCGAGACUCGCGAGCUAAAAAACCCACUACGACAGGCAACGACUCUCGUCAACGGCUACAACCUCCAUCAAAUAUUUCUGGUGAACAACCACGGCAACAACUAGAACGUGAAGAACAUCAACAACAUCAAGGAGGUGGUUCUACAACUAUUAAACGCGACAGAACAACCUCCGACCACGGAGAUGAUCAUGUUGAUGUUGAGUUACCUCCUGCGUCGUCCGCAGCUGCUAGGGCAGCUGCAAGCAGAAGUACCCUCGCAGGAGGAGAACGAGAGCAACAUGCUGGUCUUGCUCUCCCACCGCCAAGUAAGCGUGGCCGCAUAUACAAUACGGCAUCCAGAUUAGACGAGGAAAAGGAAAAUAUGUCAUCUUCAAUUCUUGUUCCUAAUCAUCCUUCAACACCGAAUCAACAGAAUCAGCAGGGCCAGCGCAAUACAGCCGCUUCUACAGAACAACGAAAACGAGUCUCCUUACCACCUGGAGUUACCACCACCAAGUCUCAUAAUAGCAGCAAUUUUUAAGGCUUCCCGUAAUUCAUCUUCUUAAGAGGCAACAUCUUAUUGCCAGCACGCUUUCAAGGGAAAAACGCGUGAAGGAUGACCGAAAAGAUGAAUUUCGGUAACUUCUAAAAUUCUCAUAACACCAGCACCAAUAACACAAACACGAACAUGAUCAAGGAGGUCGACUCAGACGGCGAAACAAGCAAGGAGGCUAACCGUGUGCAAUUACUUCCUCGGCCCAAAGGCUGGUGGGACCCGAAUCCCCCAGCACGUUUGGGAAAAGUCGUAAAAGUUAAGGGUAGUAGUUUAUCACGACUAUCCCAUGCUGCAUGUGAACUUCUAUAGAUAUACUGUUUUUACUGUGAGUGAGAUCCGAAUUAUCUUCCUCCCGGUGGAGGAUCUGAAGAGGACGAAAAUAAAGGUGGUGGCAACUACUCACUCGACCACAUCAGCGAAAAUUGUGAAAAACCACCUCUAAAAAAGUGAACCCGAAGGACCCGAAUUGCAAAAAGUUGCUCAUUCUCACUGAAUUCGGAGACCGUUUCACACUCGAUUGGAAGGAUAUCGCGGAUCCUAUGAUCGAUUUUCAAUCUUUUUGCCUGCAAGGAGGUUUGCAAGUAGCUGGUCGUUUAGAAUCUUCCUCGGGACAUACAGCAUCGGGAGUUCUAGCUCCGCCACCUCCUCUAGGAUCUGCCGGACAUACGACGAUGACAUCAUCAUCAAGUGGACCUCCAGGAGGAGCUUCUACUAUCAAUAAUUCAGGACAAGGAGCUAAAGUAGAUAUAAUCAACACUACUUCCACUGCAACAGCGACAGCGACAACUAGCAAUGUUGCCACUUCUCAACUGCAAGACGCACUAGAACACCCCCAGAAUUACACCCCUGCGAAAAUUUCUCAGCUCCGUGGUGUCAACGUCAUAGCGUUCUGGACUACGAUGGAUGGCACUAAAGUCGAUUUGACAAGAGAUAUCUGGAUGGUUGAAGUGCCAGAUCUCGGAUACAAUCAAGCCAUGGAGGAAGGGGUAUUAUAACUUUAUCUUGUUGUUUCUUGAAUGGAACUUGUUCUGAAGUAACUAGACUUGUAAAUGUUGAAGUUAUGGAUCGUGCAUCUACAAUAUGUAGUCGUCGUGCACAACGUCCCGCGUGAAAACGCAAAUAUCAACAAGUAUAGCUUUGAAAAGUAUCUUCUUCUUGUUCCUAAGAUUAUGAUAAAUCUUGAUUGGCUUCUCCCUUUUUAUAAGGUUGAGGCUUAGGCCCAGCGGCGUUCAAAGCACUAAUUAAAACAACCGGUUAGUUUUUACCUCGAGAGACUUAGCCCUUCCCACAAGAUAUAUCCUGCUACUUUUGACCUCAUCGUCAUCUCCAACUCCAUGAUCCCCUUUCAUCUUCUUCUUCCUACAGUAUUAUGAUAUAUCCUACUUUUAACCUCAUCGUCAUCUCCAUCAACUCCAUGAUCUCCAGACCAGCGAACAGGAAGCGAUUGAGUUGCGGAACCGGUUCCCCCAUAAGUAUCUGCCUUUCCCGCAACUCUUCCCGAGUGAUGCGAUUGCCAUUGUCAUUAAACUGACAAGGGAGAAUCUCGCAUUUGCUCGCAGACCAAGUCAGAACGAGAACAUAUUCUUUCACAUGAAUAUUAUGGCUGUUGACGAUAUGAAGAACUUCUUGCUUUAAUAUUUUCAUUGGAAAGUUUGUUGUACACUUUACGAGGAUACUUAAUAGUACAUGAUCAUGAAAACGAUACUUUUGGUACUAAUCUUAAUGAAUAUUAAAUCAAUCACGCUGCUCACAACUUCUCUUCGACGAAACAGGCUUUUUGCGUUUACCUGAUCGAAUUUGAAGUAGCAUUUUAUCCAAGUAGUCUUCACCCGUUCGACCCUUACGAGUAGUUCUCUACUUGUAAGCUUCACUCUUCUAUCCGUAGUACCUGUACCAUCUUUGCCUUUCAUACUCUCCACCCGCAAGUUCUCUCGCGGCAAUGGCUUGCAGGUAUGGGACGCUGUAUGUUGUCGAGUGCAUAUGAGUUCCCGUUCGAAGCCGCAAGCUGGGCAUCCGUGUUGGCGUGUCCUGCAAUGCGGAACCGAUCACAAGGUUUCGAAUGUCGCGCUCGUUUGGAAGGCACUGCGCCAAGAGGAUGAUGAAAAUGAGAGACAACACCGUUCCAAAAGUUAAGGCUCACCAUGUGAUGCAUCUCUAGCUGCACAGCGUACUGUGCAGUGUAAUUUUCUCCAACUACAUGAUAAAUGGCGUACAGUAGGUAGAAUUGUCCUGGCGUAGCUGCGUAAGUAGAAUCCUGAAGAGAAAAUGCACUUACUUAACAUACCCCACGUUGUCUUCAAUACCCCACGAAUGGGUAAACUACUACUACUACUACUACUACUACUACUACUACUAACAAGAUCUGGAUUUCAUCUGUGGGCUCUAAAAAAGGGAUCCGCAUCGUGUGAAUUUACCGCCUAUAGAAUUCCCCAGAACAGUGAGGGAAUGGGAAGCCUUGAAGUCAAAAGAAGCCCAAGCACGAGUUCUGCAACAGCAACAACACGCAGCGAAGCUCGAGCAACAGGAGGGGUCCUCGAGGCAGUAUCACAGCGGUCCUGGUGGAGGGGACAAUUAAGGCUACUCCUGACAGUUGAAGUUGGUUUAAUGGUGGCUGCCUUUUCCAAAAAAUUUAGGCGAGAGAUACGAAAGGAAGUUGUAAGACUUCAUCUACUCAAGGAAAGAAUUAAGUAGUCCCUUGUUCUAUGCGUACUUAUCUAAUGAAAGCCAUAGCCACUUCAAUCUAGACAAUAAUUCCAUCAUUCUUCUUAAUGGUGGCUGCAAGCAGCACUUCUCCUUUUUUGUCGGUUUAAAUUCUUUAUGAAGUGAACAACAAGAACUGGCUCGACUUGAUGUUCUUCUUGUGGUCACGACUUCAUUUUCUACUUCUUGUGGUCACACCUCAAGAACAGGUAAAUGAAUGAGUGAAUGAAUGAAUGAAUCAUCUUCUAACUUAAAGAAAACCGACCUCCAGCACAAGGAACACUCCUCCAACAUGGGGAUAGCCGAAAAAGGUCCACAAAGGCACCAGAGCAUUAUCGUGGUGCAAAUGGCUAUCAUGGCGCGAACUCCGACAGAAGUCUUCAAGCCGCGGAAACGACUAAUAUUUCAACUUCUUCAACUUCGUCCAAAAAUCUGGUGUUACCCUCUUCAAGAACUUCGCAGAAUGGAGGGCGCCUUCCGCCUUCAAGUAACAAAUACAGCGACCAUGAACGCAGAGUCGAACAGGAUCAGCUGGAUCGCAUGACCUCCAACAACAAUUAAGCGCUUCUACUUCCACAUUAUACUUAUAAUUGCAUGAAGAUUCUGCUUCAUCUGCACCUCCUGCAACAUCCUUGAUGAUGGCCUUUUUCCGAGCAUCCUUGGAAAAUGGGACCGCAAGGAUGUUCUGAAGAACAAUGUAGAAUGUAAUGCUGCUCACUUUAAACCAAUCAAAACAAUUUUUACAUGGGAGCAGGAGCACCUGGAGGAGCGGGGCCGCCUGGACUCCCGCCGCCCGCUGGAUACAUGGCAUCUAGUCAAAGUACGAAGCUACUUCGCCUGGAUACAUGCCGCCUGGAUACGGCGCGUCGAAGUAGCCGAGAACGAGAGAAACCUCAUUAUGUGAAAUAUCCUGCAGAUUCAAGACCUGAUAGUAGACAUCGUGGAAGUGCAAGUGGUGCGGCAAGUGGCACAGGUGGCUACAAUUCUAGAAGGACUGGAAGUACAGGUGGGCAACAGCAUCUUCUACUUGGAGGAGCCAGCAGAAGUGAUGGCAAAUACCGAAGCAGCCAAGCGUCCUUACCACCUCUAUUUAAGGCUUGCACUUGCUCUAUAAUUCUUCACAUCUAUUAAGGGGCGGAAAACGCGAUGCCCCGCCUUCCUCUAGUAAAGGGGAAACGCGUGUAAAAAAAGGGAAACGCGAUCAUCUCCGAAAUGAAUUUAGUGAUAAGUAAGCUCUAACUUCUCCUCGGCUCGCUCAACAGCGGCAUCCUCAACACAAUCAUCUUCUUCGCUCUUGGCAAAAGCGAAUUUUCUCAUUUCGGCAUCUGAGUUUACAGGUGAGGAAAAACUCCGUUUACUGAACCAAUUGUUGCAGCAACCCUCUGGGCCAAAUGAGAGACCAGAUGGGGAAAGAAUGCUCUCGUCGUUGUCAAGCAUGGUUGCAAUGGGUGGUAUUAUGGGAUGAAUAUCAUGAUUUCCAUUUCAGUAGCUUCUAGUAGUACUUGUGCUGGGCAUAUGAAAAUUUCCUGCCCCUCGUCAUCUAUUCUUGUUUGAUGUCCUUCAAGUCAACUUCUCUCUUACAACGAGCAAUUAUAUAUAUUCGGCCGCCUUAGAUGAGAAGACCUCCAGGGCAGAUGGACGACAGCCGGCGCCUAGAAUAAACUGAUCCUAUACUAGAUGGCCAAUUCUUUUUAGUCCUAAUAUAUAUACCUCUUCCUUUUUUUCUAUCUUUCCUAUGUAGGUUUGCUCCACCGGUAUAUAUUUAUUUACUUAUUAGUGUCAGCAUUUUUGGCUCAAGAUUAGUGUUAGUUAUGGACCUAAUAAAGAUUAACUAAUCCGCUAUCGUCUAGAACUAGUACUGCAUUAUUAGUGUCAGCAUUGUUCUCAUCUACUGCUCCUACUUCUCAUAUCACAGCAAUCUCAUCUACUGCUCCGACUCACAGCCUCCUCACUCCUUUUCUAAUCUUCCUGGUGGUUUAGAUCCACUUCCACGAAUGUCUUCGCGAAGCAGAGGCGGCCGCGGAAACACUACGUCGAGUCGGUAUGAAGCCCCCAAGUAAAUCUGUUAUCAUUUUAGCACUUCUUAUUCAUCCUUUACAUAUUAAACUACUUACUAUAUAUUAUCAUUUUAGCACUUCUUAUUCAUCCUUUACAUAAACUACUUAAUAUAACUGCUAUCCUGCGUUCUUAAAAAAAUGCAGCAACUAGAACUACCAUAGAACAGUUGUCAUGCUCUACAACUAUCCUUCCUUUUUCUUUUCCUAGUUAGUUUGGCUCCACGACCCAUAUUAUUAAGAAGUACUUAUUGUUCGAGCGUAAAAAUUGAUUUCAUCUGUUAGUGAGGAUUUUAAAAAUAAAGAUUGAUUAAUCCACUUUCGUCUAGUCCUUUUGCCUUAUGUACAACUUUUUUUCUACCUGAGAAUGAGAUGAAGCUCCUUGAUCAUAAAUAAUGAUAACAGAUUUGCGUUUCAUAGUUGAUAUGGGGAAGUAGAUACUGCGGAUCAUCAACUUCCUAGAAGCCUUUACAACCAUCCUCCUGGAUCAUCUGGACGAGGAGGUGAGAUCGUUCGUGGGCGAGGCGAUAUGACUACCCGACAUAUGGCCUCAGCACAUGGAACACGAGGAGGAACAACUGACGAAGAUCUAUACAGGAGCACUAGGGCGGGCGAAUCUAAAUUUUUGAGUUCUUCGAGUAGCCGAUGUCUCUAGAAACAAAAACUCUAUUUUUUUUCAAUAAAGUUUUCAAAUCUACACCAUCGACGGUAUAUCAUCAUCAUCAUCAUCAUCAUCAUCAUCAACGGUCUAUACAGCACUAGGACGGGCGAGCUUUUUUUCAAAUACAACGUCACCGUUGAUCUAUACAGCACUAGGACGGGCGCUGUCUCUAGAAACAAAAAAACAGAAACAGCCACUUCUAAUACGCAGAGCAGUGCCUCCUAUGGUGGAGCCCCUCCGACAUCUUCGAGAGCAGCGGCGUCUUCUCGCGACCGUGGCACGGGGGAGCGAGGGCGCGGUGGGGAGCGAUCACGUAGUAGACGCAGAGGGAGAGACGAUCGGGACAAGGGACGAUCCUCAAAAGAAACGACAAAGUCACAGAUGACGGCAGAGAUGCAUCAGUUAUGAUCUUUUGAGCCUUCUCAGUUCCUGUGGUUGAGUAUCACCAUCAAAUUCAUCUAUAGUAUGACAAGAUCUACUCCGCUAGACUCGUCUAGUAGAACUUCAUCUUAUGGUUCUAUUUCGACAUCUUUAACUACUUCUUACCUUAUUCUUUCGAGGACAUGAUCAUUCGACAUCUAGUCAAGAACAAGAUGAUCCAAGAAAUAGACAAGUACUAGUCAGAUGAAUAUAUCAUCAACCUGCUCCCUUACCUGCUGCGGCUCCACCUCCUCAAAUUCCUCUCUAGUUGUACUACCACCCAUCUUGAUUAAUGUUGAAGAAAAAGACAAGUAAAAAACAAGGAAAAAGAGAAGACAAAGAUAAAGAAAGGAGUUGAUCUCUACUGCGAUAUUCGACCUCCUCCCUCCACGACGUGUCUAAAAUUUCGAAACCGGAAGGAGCGGGGACGACUUGCAGAGGAACGCGACCGAGCAUUGGAUCCGAGAGUUAGGCAACCUGUGAGCGAGGUGAUCGUAGGACUUUUAACGAGCAAGCAGACCCCCGAUGGAGAACAUACAGCCAUUGUCGUCAGAUCAAAGCCGGAUGUUAUGGAGGACUAAAAGGCUGAGUGACCUCUUAACUACUUGGCCUCCAUGUAGUACCUGAGGAGGUGACAUGACAUGACACGACGCACUACUUUCUUGAUGAUCAUGAUACGUUGACGUUUACGUUUACGUAGGCCUCUGCGUUUCAUCUCUAUCGAUGUUCUAUCGAUGUAGUUGCCAUCUUCAACAAGAAGAACUACAUCUGCUGUUUGUUCUCUACUUCUACCUACUAUAAUCCAUCGUUCUUGAUCCACCAUCGCCAUGAUUAUAACCUUUACUCUCACUGACUCCAGACUACAUUUAUUGUCCUCAGUCUGUUCCACCAUGCACCAUCUUUAUCUUUCACCACUCUACUCCUAUGAUCUGCACCAUCAGUUGUCGUGGUCUCCACUUCUAAUAUCCGCGCUGCUAGUUCUGCACCAGAGAAAAGCUUUGUUUUCAUCGAGAACAAGGUUGUGAAUAUGUACAAACUCCAAAGCGACGACUUUGUAGGUGUGAGCGUGGUCAAGAAUGCUGAAGGCCACCUCCUAGUCGACGCGUUAAAGCCCAUCUGGCGAUUGGUGAGGACAGGAGAAGAGGUAUUUUUGACAUUUCUUUUCUUAUAUUACAUUCAUGAUGGCAUCAUGCACAAGCAGGUACCAUUGUUGAUAUUACAGGUCUAAACGUAACAAGAAGUAUAGAUAGCAUCAUGCAGCACAAGCAGGUACUAUUGAUAUUUUUACAGGUCUUCUAAAGAACGUAAGUAUUUAGAUAAAAAAAAAGAAUUACAACCUCCUAGGGACCCAGCACUAGAGUGAACAGCAACACUAAACAUUUUCCAAGUAGUAGUAGUAGUAGUAGUAGUAGUAGUAGUAGUACAACGAGGACCUGGAAAUCUUCACGAUCAUCCGUCCGGUAUCCUUGUCACCAAGGUUCGCAUCUUCACCAAUUUUCCUUUUUAUGUGAAAGUUUACUAUGUUAGUACCCUAAGUUGUGCAGACUGUUCUUUUUCAUCCACACAACCUCCACGACAACAGGAGGCUUCCAACAGCGUUCCGGAGAAAUUUGGAGAAUACGUCGGCUUCGUAUACAAAAGGUCUGAGAAGGGAGUCUGUUUCAUUUUUUCGAAAGAGCUCCUCGAAGUCUACGAUGAAGACCCGUUCGUCCACUCCUGCGUCGUAAAAAGAACGAAGCUGAAAGUAGGAGAUGACGUCUCUUUCAGAAUUGGAACGGAUCAUGGCAGUGUUGUAGGGAACGUAUUUAUUUUUUUGCUUAGCCGAUUCAUCAAUUACAUUUAUGAUUUUUCUCUUCAUUCUAGCACUUCUGUUCUGCUCUCCGCUUCAAAGCUUGUUUUUCUCUCCUCCAUGAGUGACCAUGCCUAGAAAGAACUACAACUCCAACAUUAUUUUUCUCUCCUCCUGGUGUGGUCCUCGUCGGUGGAAGAUACUACUUAUUUGCUUAGAUUCUGAUUCAAAAACACGAUGAUUCAUCGCUCAUCAGUUAUUGAUGAGGCAUGCUUAAAUUUUUAUAAGUCGACUUUGAUAUGCAUUCAUAAAUUUUUUGAAAUUUUGAAAAGUCGAGUUGCCGGAGAAGCAGGUAUGAUGAUGAUAUACUUACCCAGUCCGUGGACGUGUAUGCACCCCAGUUUUUUUAAUUAUAGAAGUCCUCCUUUGCCUGAUCUCUCCUCCUGUUUUCUCCAUUUUCCCACCACUAUCGCUUUCGCCUGUAUUUUUGAUUAUCGAAAAGCUACCUGCUUCUCCUGCAAUUCGACUUUUGCAAUUUUUUUUUUGCUUCUUCUGCAGCUGCACCUCGGUCCUCUAUUGAUUCUCCAAACAUUACAGAAGUCCUCGACACCGAAUCCAUUGAUAUCUGGUAACUUUUGGAUCCGUUGUCGAGACGGUGGGCCGUUGCAAGUGGAUGCGCGAAACAAUCUGGACUUAAUCGAAGCGACAAUAAGUUAGGGAAGAUGAUUUUGAUUCGACGAGGAUCACGUUGAUUAUCAAUGUUGUCAUGAAGAUCCCGUAGUUUUUAAGUAAGUAGAAGAUCAUUAGAUUUACUCGAACUACAAAGGAAAUCGAAGUAUUCAUGUGAUGUUGAAGAUCUCCUUUUAGUUGCAACUACAAGCUAGAAUAUACCCUUGUUCCCCCUUUGCAACAACGUCCGCCGAGACACCACCUCAUGCUAGGUCAAUGAAUGAAUGAAAUGAUCAGACAUCCUUUUUACCUUCGCCGACGCCAAUGAGUCCGUAAGUUAUGUACUCACUCGUCGUCUAACCCCCCGGCAAGACCAACACAAUGCCACCAGGAGUACAGGCGCGUGCAGCAGAGAGACGCCGUGGUAAGGAGAGGGAGCGCCAAGAAGCUGGAAGAGGCAUCGUCCGGUAUCCAGGAGUCAAACGCCCAGGAGAGUAGUAAGGAGAAUAUGAUCGACCGCCGACCAGGCAAAGUUCGUGGGAUACGACAGGCUCUGGACGACAAUGAGUCUCUUUUUAGACAAAUGCUGGAGGCCGAGGCGGGACCAUUGUGCUGGUACUAAUCUGUUUGAUGUCGAAAUUUUGAUUUGAAUACCGUACCCGUAGUAGUAUUAUAUAACUAUGUAGUAAAUAUUGAUAGGGUUCUCACUUCUAAGAUGACUGCGCAGUUGGCUUACUGGUUUAGGCGUUGGCCUGUUCACUUAUCAGUAUGGUACUUGGAGUAGGACGGUCACAACUGGGAUCCAUGAUCUGAAGGACCUGGCUGAGUAUAACCAAUACCAACAGGUCAUAUUCAAUGUCGUGAUGAAGCAGCAUUGGAGAGCAUGGGCCAUGUGAAAGCCUGGCUAACCGUUUUAGAAGUGGCAGAAAGGGUGCACUACUAAGUACCGGGCAUUGCCUGCUUACCCAUUUGCAUGUUGGGUUGAGAUUGGAGGUCCGGGCGACGACUCAGGGAAAAAGAACUCGAUAUUUGCUCGAAGAAAGGCUCGCUGAAGAGCAAUCAUUAAUUUAUUUCAAUUUGUCAUCAGCAGUUGUAUCUUCAUGUUGUAGUCAUUUUGUGGAAUCAUGUUGAAUACUUCUUGGUCUACUUUUUAGACGAGUUAGAAAUAGGAUUUCAACUUUCAAUUCUCAAUAAUUUGGCAUCUACUUACUUCCCUCCUCGUACUAGACGAGAAACGGACACUCGUAGACGAAAGGCAUCUACUUACUUCGCGCCUCGUACUAGACGAGAAGCGGAAACUCGUAGACGAAAGCAGGAAGAAACUCAACUGGUACAGGUUACAAAUUUAUGUUUUUAUGUACUUCUAUUCAGAGUAAGAUGAAUGAAAAGACAUAUCUAGUUCUAGAUCAUCUACUUUACGUGCUGGUCAUAUUAGAAAUUUUCUACUCGAUUUUUUUUGCUUUUUCUAUGAAAUAUAGUGGGUUUAAGUACGACGUACUACAACUAGUAUAACAACAACUGCUCUCCGUAGAAGUUGUGUUCAUGUCAAUUUCGUAAUCGUAAAUACCCCUCUAUAAUCAGCAGCAAUGUCAUCGAUAGCAGGCGUCUUAGAAAGCUUCAAUUUUCUCGUUUCUCCUUCUAUGGUGUGUCAUAACAAACUGAAACUCUUCCUCCUGUUCGUAUUACACGAUUACUACAACGAUUAAAGUCAUAUUACCCAACAAGUGCGACGAUUUUAAUUUUUAUACCCCGUACCAGGAUACGAAGUCUGUCUCUGUCAUCGUCCCUCAACGUCCUACCCUUUGAAAUCGAAAGCUGUGCCCAAGACCCUACCCUUUCGAAUGAAUGCAAGUGUUGUGUAGAAUCGCGAAUCAAACCAGUUCUAGGAC